AUGGUCAGUUUCACCGGUUGUGACCGUCCACCAAGCUUCUUCAAGGCUCGGCUCACCAUCCAUCGAACACCAUACAGUCGCGUGUUUCAGGGCUUUUCAGAUUUUUCAGCAUCAGAGUCUUUGGUCCAUUUCAAGCUCGGAGCUCGCACAAGGCUCAAAAGAUCUGCCAUUUUCCACUCUCCGCUGCCUGAGGAGGAUCUCAGUGCCUACGACCAGAUUCUCUCCUUAGACUUCGCCUCCAGUCGCUGCUGCGCUGCCCAGGUGCAGCUCGCGCUGAAGCAGAGCGACCCUGCAAGCGGAGCGCUGCUCUUCACAGACUUCUUGGUCUUGUUGCGCCUCAACAAGAAGUGGCAGAUCAUCAGCAAGGUCUUCUCUUCUGUGCCUUUGUCAGAGCAGUCCUACCAAGAGCCCUAUGAUGCGCUGGCCUAUGCAGACCCAGUACGUGGCAUCUUGUCCUACAUGCGAGGGGUACACCAGUCCUCUCCGUCCUUGGUUUCUGAGAGCUUCCACGGAGCUGCACGGCUUUGCUUUUCGGACCAGCAAGAGGAACUGGUCCGUUGGUCCCGGGCCGAGUUCUUCGAGGUGUUGCAGGCACGGGCCAAGUCCUUGGACGAUCCCCAGGCGCGGCGUGGAGAAGGAGCGGAACAUGUCAAUAGCGCCGAGCUGAGAGAGGCCUUGCGCUUCGACAAGAUCCUCAGUGUCCGCAAAGCAGGGCCCGAUGUAGCCCUUAUUAAGCUCCAGGUAGGCUUGCCGCCUGUCCUCUACACCGACUUCCUCUCAAUGCUACGGCUGAACGGCCGAUGGUGGAUCAUUGCCAAAAGCUCCGACGGCGAGCCGUUUUAA